UUGAAUAUCACGAAAACUGUGUACAAGUGUAGAAAUACCCGGGAAACUUCAACGAUGGGAAAGCGGUAUUACUGUGAUUAUUGUGAUAAGUCUUUUGCAGAUAAUGCGACCAACAGGAAGAAUCAUUUAAUGGGUGUAUAUCACCAAAAACAGAAGAAAGCUCAUUACGAUUCGUUCGUAAAAAGAGAUCCAGCCAAGAUCUUAGCGGAGUCCUCCAAACUGCCUCUGUGUCACAACUUCAGAACUACAGGAGAAUGUCAUUUUGGUGUCAACUGUCGAUGGUCACAUGUGACGGACCAAGUCAGGGAAGAGCUGGAGAAUGAAAUCAGGAAUAAGAGAGAGGCCUCCAUUAAGCAAAGACAAGAGGAGGAGAAGGUGCCAACGCUAGAGGAAUGGCUGGACAAACGAGCCAAGAGACUGAAGACCGAGGACGAUGUGAAGAGUGGAAUCCCAGAGCCAUCAGAUGAAGCCGCAGUGUACCAGCUUCCGGUGUAUUCUCUACCUCCAAGUCUUGCCAAUAUCCCCAACCUGCCCCCCUCACUCCUACCCCCACUCCCAGACGCCUACAAGUAUCUGCCACUGGAGGAGUGGGGAUGAGUGUAUUCUCUACCUCCAAGUGGGGUAGCCUAGUAGUUAAAGCGUUGGCUCGUCAUACCGAAGACCAGAGUUCGAAUCCCCAGAUGGGUACAAUGUGUGAAGCCCAUUUCUGGUGUCCCCCGCCGUGAUGUUGCUGGUAUAUUGCUAAAAGCGGCGUAAAACCAAACUCAGUCAGUCAGUACUUCCGGGUUUCACCAUAAUGGUAGAGAUGCGAGACCUACAUCACUUGGGUUUUACUUCCACAUUAAGUGACCUGCCGUGACAUACCUGAACCAUUGUUGAAAGUGGUGUUUAACCUAACCUGCUCACUCAGAUUAUAGAAUCCACACAUCCCCUGAAGAUCCAGGUUAGAAUUGAUCUUCAGCAUCCCAUGCUUGUUGUAAGAGACGACUAUCGGGAUCGGAUGGUCAGGCUCGCUGACUUGUUUGACACAUGUC